UUCAACAGGAGUAAAUGUAGCAAAGCUUUUGAAGAUAGCGUGGAUGACUCUCCCCUUGGGAAUAAUUAUCACACUUGCAGCAUGUGUAUUUGUCUUUUGGUGGCAAGACCUAAGUUAUUCUAGUCCAUAUGCGCAAGCUAUCUUGAUUAACGGUUUUGCAUGUAUUGCGGAGCUAUUGGCAGAACCCUUCUAUAUUCUUUCACAGAACUUGCUCCUCCUCAAACUGCGGCUAAUGGUUGAAACUGCAGCUACUCUUUUGCGUUGUAUGACAACCUACAUCCUCAUUAUCAAGCGAACUGACAUGGAGAAAGCGAUUGUAUUUGCAUUAACUCAAACUGCUUAUGGAGCUUGUUCGUUCUUUGGUUGUUGGGGAUACUUUCUUCUUUCUCGUGCAUUCCAAAGUUCUGAUCUCUUCCCUUUCAGGUAUACUUUAGUUUAUAUUAAAUAUCAUUACCUCCAUUGACAAAUAUACUGUAAUUGUUACAACAAAAGAACAAGAAAAGAAAAAGCUU